CCCCAACGCCCUCUAUAAUUUUCUUUUUUAAUCUUUGUGUCAUAUUCUUGAAGGCGUGCUCACAAGUUUCUUGUUUUUGCUAUAUACAUAUUGUUAUUGUUGUCCAUUGUUUUCUUGAUUUCUUUUGUCUUUUUUUUCUGGUGGGGACUUGGGUAUUACAAGGAAGAACAGGAAAGAACAAAACAAAACAAAAACUUUGUUCUAAUAUUUAUCAAGAUUCAGUUUUAGGUUCAUGUCAAAUAAAGCAAGCUGUUUUUCUUUUUUUGUCUUACGUGUCAUUGUUAGUUUUGGUUGUUUGUUUUGUGAUGAUGUGAGAUAUACCUCGAAAUUGUCAAUUUGUGAUUUUUUUUCUUUUCGUUUUAAUGAUGAUCUUGCAUUUUAUAGCCUCUGGAUCAUGCACAAUGUUGUGGUUAAUUAAUUCAUUUUCAUUUUGUUAAAUCCCUUUUCAAGAAAAUUUUAAUUUCUCAACUGCUGAUAUUUGUCAUUUCUUCUGUUUCCUAGCCUCUUGAUUGAUAGCUGCUGGAGUCUACUUAUUUUUGAUGCUUUGAAAUGGGGAAGAAAGGAAGCUGGUUUUCGGCAGUGAGAAAGGCUCUUGGUUCGGGUAACAAAAAGAAAGACAAGAAAAAACACAAAUGUGAAAAAUGGUCUGGAAAGCAACAGAGCGACGAAUUGGAUUCUUCAAAUGCAGAAACUGCAUUAGUGAGUCCUGCACCUCCUACUCCUCCUCCUCCUCCUGUAGAGCACCUGAAAUUGAUUGAAGCUGAAAAUGAGCAGAACAAGCACGCCCAUUCGGUAGCUCUUGCCACUGCUGUUGCUGCAGAAGCAGCAGUUGCCGCUGCUCAGGCUGCUGCUGAGGUCGUUCGGCUCACAGCUGCAGCCUGUAUCUCCGGUAAAUCAAAGGAAGAGAUUGCUGCUAUAAGAAUACAAACAGUUUUUCGAGGAUACUUGGCUAGGAGAGCAUUGAGGGCGUUGAGAGGAUUAGUGAGGUUGAAGACGAUGAUUCAAGGGCAAUCUGUGAAGCGACAAGCCACAUCCACCUUAAGGUGCAUGCAGACUCUAGCUCGUGUUCAAUCUCAGGUUCGUGCCAGAAGAAUUAGGAUGUCGGAGGAGAAUCAGGCGCUCCAGAGACAGCUCCAACAGAAGCAUGAGAAAGAGCAGGAGAAGCUCAAAGCAUCUUCUCAGUCUGGAGAUGAUUGGAAUAACAGUAUACGGUCUAAGGAACAAGUCGAAGCAAACCUCCAGAUGAAGCAGGAGGCUGCCAUGAGAAGGGAAAAGGCUUUGGCUUAUGCAUACACACAUCAGCCAAUACGGAGGAAUCCUUCAAAAUCUACAAAUGAAACAUUCAUGGACCCAAAUAAUCCCCACUGGGGCUGGAGCUGGUUGGAACGAUGGAUGGCUGCGCGGCCAUGGGAAGAUAAAUGUGCAACAGAUAAAGAAGUUAACAGUGACGAGGUCGCUGCAAAUAGCCCAGCAAGCCAUCCCACUGCUGUGGCUGCUAACAGUCCUCGUGAUUUCCACCUUGACAAUAGGCCUUCUCCGACGGCUCAUAAGCAAAGCCGCCCUCCUAGCCGCCAAUCAACACCCCGAUCAAAGACCGGGAGAGUAAGGCCAGCAAGCCCUAGAGGAAGUAAUGUGGAUGAUGACUCUAGAAGCAUGGCGAGUGCACAGUCAGAACACUGCAGGAGGCAUAGUUUUGCUGGUUCAUCAAUUAGAGAUGAUGAAAGUCUGGCAAGUUCCCCAGCUGUUCCAAGCUACAUGGCAGCAACAGAAUCAGCACGAGCCAGGUCCCGCUUACCAAGUCCUUUGGGUUUUGAAAAGAGUGGGACACCAGAGAAGGGAACAGUUAGUUCUGCCAAGAAGCGAUUGUCAUUCUCGGCAUCCCCUGGUGGGGCACCAAGGAGACAUUCUGGUCCACCAAAGGUAGAGAUAUGAAGUACAAGCAUCUAGUGCUUAAAGGAGCACUUCAGAUAGCAGGGAAAUCAAGAAGUUAGACCCUUUUUUUUUUCUAAAACUAUUCUCAUGGGUGUGCAUAUUGAAUAACGAGGGACUGAAGAGAAAAUGGAGGAUUGUGGCGUUGUAUUUGAGUCUUUUUCCAUCUUACUCACCGACAUGUUUCUAACCUUAUACAUUACUACAGCCAAAGUUUGUGUGCUAUUGAAGAUCAUAUGUAGUGUCACUUGCUUUAUAGUGAUGAUGUUCUGGGUGUGCUUUUCUUUUGUUUCUUUUUCCUCUCUUCUUGAGGCAAUAUUGAAAACUUUAGAUGUUGAUAAUUUCCAGCAAUUCUGGUGAUUCUGAGUCAUCUAUGUGUUGAUAGUACCUUGUUAUGUUAAUGUAUGAAACUUAUUGGUCA